GUGUGCGUGCGUGCGUGUGUGUGUGUGUGCGUGCGUGCGUGUGUGUGUGUGUGUGUAUGGUCCAGAGCUCCUCUGACACUUUGAAAGCUAGUUUGUGACCCUGGGGUCCUUCAGUCUGGCUCUGUUCCUCUUCAAUCCCUCUCUCUCUACACACUCUCUCUCUACCUCUCUCUCUCUAUUCUCUCUACACACUCUCUCUCUACCUCUCUCUCUCUAUUCUCUCUACACACUCUCUCUCUACCUCUCUCUCUCCAUUCUCUCUACACACUCUCUCUCUACCUCUCUCUCUACAUUCUCUCCCUCUCUCUACACACACUCUCUCUCUACAUUCUCUCCCUCUCAAUUCAAUUCAAGGGGCUUUAUUUGCAUGGGAAACAUGUGUUAACAUUGCCAAAGCAAGUGAGGUAGAUUAUAUGCAAAAGUGAAAUAAACAAUAAAAAUUAACAGUAAACAUUACACAUGCAGAAUUUUCAAAACAAUAAAGACAUUACAAAUAUCAUAUUAUAUAUAUACAGUGUUGUAACAAUGUACAAAUGGUUAAAGUACAGAAGUGAAAAUAAAUAAGCAUAAAUAUGGGUUGUAUUUACAAUGGUGUUUGUUCUUCACUGGUUGCCCUUUUCUUGUGGCAACAGGUCACAAAUCUUGCUGCUGUGAUGGCGCACUGUGGAAUUUCACCCAGUAGAUAUGAGAGUUUAUCAAAAUUAGGUUUGUUUUUGAAUUCUUUGUGGAUCUGUGUAAUCUGAGGGAAAUACGUGUCUCUAAUAUUCUCAUACAUUUGGCAGGAGGUUAGGAAGUGCAGCUCAGUUUCCACCUCAUUUUGUGGGCAGUGUUCACAUAGCCUGUGUUCUCUUGAGAGCCAGGUCUGCCUACGGCGGCCUUUCUCAAUAGCAAGGCUAUGCUCACUGAGUCUGUACAUAGUCAAAGCUUUCCUUAAGUUUGGGUCAGUCACAGUGGUCAGUUAUUCUGCCACUGUGUACUCUCUGUUUAGGGUCAAAUAGCAUUCUAGUUUGCUCUGUUUUUUGUUGAUUCUUUCCAAUGUGUCAAAUAAUUAUCUUUUUGUUUUUUCAUGAUUUGGUUGGGUCUAAUUGUGUUGCUGUCCUGGGGCUCUGUGGGGUCCGUUUGUGUUUGUGAACAGAGCCCCAGGACCAGCUUGCUCUGGGGACGUGUCUCCAGGUUCAUCUCUCUGUAGGAGCUUGCUUUGUUAUGGAAGGUUUGGGAAUCGCUUCUCUUUAGGUGGUUGUAGAAUUUAACGUCUCUUUCCUGGAUUUUGAUCAUUAGCGGGUAUCGGCCUUAUUCUGCUCUGCAUGCAUUAUUUGGUGUUUUACGUUGUACAUUUUUGCAGAAUUCUGCAUGAAGAGUCUUAAUUUGAUAUUUCUCCCAUUUUGUGAAUUCUUGGUUGGUGAGCGGACCCCAGACCUCACAACCAUAAAGGGAAUUGGGUUCUAUAACUGAUUCAAGUAUUUUUAGCCAGGUCCUAAUUAGUAUGUCGAAUUUUAUGUUCCUUUUGAUGGCGUAAAAGGCCCUUCUUGCCUUGUCUCUUAGAUCGUUCACAACUUUGUGGAAGUUACCUGUGGCGCUGAUGUUUAGGCCAAGUCUGCGUAGGGAGGGCUACACGGUGCAGGUGAAUGUGAACGACUACCUGGACAUCUACUGUCCCCACUACAAUGACAGCCAGCGCGUGGUGGGCACCGGGGAGCAGUACAUCCUCUACAUGGUCAGUUACCGUGGUUACAGGACCUGUGACCCCCAGCUGGGCUUCAAGAGGUGGGAGUGUAACCGCCCCCACGCACCAAUCAAAUUCUCAGAGAAGUUCCAGCGCUACAGCGCCUUCUCCCUGGGCUACGAGUUCCACGUGGGCCAGGAGUAUUACUACAUCUCUACACCCACUCAUCACCACGGUCGCAGCUGCCUCAGACUGAGAGUUUAUGUCUGCUGCUCCACAGUGUCUGAUGUUAAUGUAGAACCAGGACUUCCAGAAACAGACUACACACUCAGACCAGACAUCAAAAUCCAGGACAUCGAUGAUUUUAACCCUGAGAUUCCUAAACUGGAGAAGAGUGUCAGUGGAAGCAGCCCAUCCAGGGAUCGCCUACUAAUCACCAUAGCGACGCUCCUUCUCGCUGCCAUCACCAUCUCCUAGCAACGGCCAUCCCAUCAGUGUCGCCAUGCCAACCAGCCAUGGGAGGGCUUGGGCAGGAGGAGUGAAGGAUGACGAGGACUGAGGAUUUGGGGGAAAGGGGACAGGAGAUUAAGGGAACAUGGAAAAUAGGGAGUUAGAAGACCUUCUGAAUGACAUUGGUUGACAAGGUGUGUGUGUGUGUGUGUGUGCGUGUGCGUGUGCGUGUGCGUGUGUGUGUGCGUGUCCGUGUGUGCGUGUCCGUGUGUGUGUGUGUGUGUGUGUGUGUGUGUGUGUGUGUGUGUGUGUGUGUGUGUGUGUGUGUGUGUGUGUGUGUGAGAGAGAGAGAGAGAGCGGACUGGUGUGGGUGUGUGAAGUGAAGGAGGGAAGUUGGAAGGCUUAUUUGUGUGUGUGUGUGUGUGUGUGUGUGUGUGUGUGUGUGUGUGUGUGUGUGUGUGUGUGUGUGUGUGUGUGUGUGUGUGUGUGUGUGUGUGUGUGUGUGUGUGUGUGUGUGUGUGUGUGUGUGUGUGCGAAGAUGAAUGAAGAUGGCUCUGUGUGUGUGCUGCUUAGAAGACGACCUUCACACAGAGCAUGAAGAGAAGACCUUUUAUGACUUUGGACUUUGGGCCUGCAUGUGUAGGUAUGUUUCAGAGUGUGUGUGUCUCAACAUGUGGUGGAGGUAUCCUGUUGAAACAUGCACACUGCAUACAGCAUUUAUUAGAGAGGAGAAGAGGACCUUCUAUUGGAGCAGCUGAUCGCAAUGAAACACAGUGACACUUUUUCAUGCAAUCUGAUUGGCUGACACAGUUCUCUUCUUAGGGCUAGUUGCCUGUUUCUUGCACCGGAGACUGAACUGAUUGAACUUGACUGAAAUGAACUGCAUUAUUGCCUUUUUGUUCUGUCAACUGGAUUCAACCAGAUCUAGUCUGGAUCCCUUCUGUGGAACUGGAUCUAGUGGUCCUCCACCCAUGUGAUCUGGUCUGAUCUGGACCGUAGCAGCCUGGUAUGAAAGAGCCAGUCUGGGUCCAGGUUUCUGAACUGGGAAGUGGGACCACUCAGUCUAAUAUGAGAGAGGGAGAGAGAGCUACAGUACUGUAUCAGAGUAGUAAUAUGUGUUAAUACAAUGACAGCUGUAGGUUCCAGGUCAGUGGUUGUAUACAUUGUUAUACACAUGAUACAACCUCUGGCUCAUCAUUAAACCCCCAGAGACAUGUUUGUCCUUUAUUCAAUCAUUCCUGGAUAGCAUUAUCUCUGAUCUCAGAGGUCAGAAAAGCACACAGCAAUACUGUCAUCGAAUGCAUUGCACUAGAUUGUACACUGAGGACCUCUCUUCCUCUCUCCUGGAAUCGGAUGGAAUGGGACUACAUACUACAGACUCUACAUGCCAAACAUUUCUGUUUUAUUUUACCGUACACACUAGAACUAGAAUCACUCUGUGUGUGUGUGUGUGUGUGUGUGUGUGUGUGUGUGUGUGUGUGUGUGUGUGUGUGUGUGUGUGUGUGUGUGUGUGUGUGUGUGUGUGUGUGUGUGUGUGUGUGUGUGUGUGUGUGUGUGUGUGUGUGUGUGUACUGACAAUACACACAGCAACAUACUGUACAUGUCUUAAGUUUAAGUAACUGAACAACUCAAGUGUUUCUGAACAUAUAGACAACAGUAAAUAAACCUUUGGUUUAGGUUCUACAUGCAAACCAAGUGUAUCUGGGAGGACAGGAGAACAAUGGGUUAAACUUGAUCCUACAGUCCUCUGAUUGACAUGGUAUUUUCCUAAAACUGGUGAUUUCAUGUUUCUUUGGGAUCAUAGAAACAAUCAUUUGGGUAGUUACCCAUUGUAUAGGUACCAGAAAGUACAUUUUGUUGCCAUUACAUCUUAGUAAAUACUAGGUAAAUACUGUCUGAAAGAGGACUGUAAAAUGAAGUGUUACUGAACAAUGUGAACUGUACUAACCUGUUACCAUGGUUCUUGGCUAACUCUUUUCACUAGGAACUGUCGCCUUGUGGGCCAUGGUAACACCUUACCUUACUGCAAUGUGUACAGGCAGUCUACUGUAGUAGGGCAUGCAUGGCUUACUGUAGUAGCUCUGAAGAUGAGGAUGAUGAAGGUAUGGAUGGCCUAUCGGAUACAGAGCUGACGUCUGACCUAUAGGGGUCAAAGAGGUCGCACGUCUUGACCCGUGUCACAGACAUUCUAGAACUUUCACGCGUCGAGAAUGGACUUUUCCGAUGUCAUGAACUCUGACGGAAUGAAAUGUGAUGUAAGCAUUUUUACAAACUUGAAGCUCAAUUUCCUUGUUCUGUUUGUAUUGUUGAUUUUGCUGUUGUGUAUGUUGGGGCGCUGGGAAGGGGUAAACGUUGGGAUGACUGGACUAGAGACAUGCAGUACUGUAUAGGACACGGAGUUCCACUGACGUGCUUUCACAUUUACAAUAAGCACCAUGUUGCACCUAAUGUUUCCAGACCGUCACAUUGGAAUGAUGCUGUCAUUGAAACGUGGUGACGACUUGGAGGACAGUUGGCUGAGAUCAAUAUGUAUACAGUAUGUAUGGCUCUGGGGUGGGGGGUGAGAUGGGGGUCUGGGUUCUGCUAGUGAAGUGUGUGUGGGGUGGGGGGGUAGAAGAGCUGAUUAGUAACUAAGGGGAAAUCACUCUUCAAAUGUUGCACUUAAGAACUUAGACACGAUAUCAAGAGUGUGUGUGUGUGUGUGUGUGUGUGUGUGUGUGUGUGUGUGUGUGUGUGUGUGUGUGUGUGUGUGUGUGUGUGUGUUUGAGAGUGGAUAUGCAAGUGUUUCUACAUUUCCUUAUGUUCUGAAGGUGUGUGAGAGAGUGUGUAUGAUCGUGUGUGUGUGUGUGUGUGUGUGUGUGUGUACGUUUGUUUGAGAGAGUGAGAGCUCAUUUCAGUUUCUCAUUACACGUUUGUGUGAAAGAGCUGAAUGUGUGUGUGUGUGUAUGUUACUGUUACUGUAUGUGCGCGAGUGCGUCCGUGUAUUUUCCUUUGUGCGACUGUUGUCCAAUGUCUACUUACAGCAUGAGUGUGUGUGAGAGAUUGUAUUGUCUGGCAAAACAAACAAAAGCAUUUAAUAGUGUUGGAAACAACAAUUACAAUCAUGUUUACCUUCGACUGGAAUGAAUCUCAAUGAACUUGAAAAUAAACUGUAAAAUAAACAAACCAUAACAAAGGUUAUAUUGAUGAUCAAGAUAACAAAAUAA